CUCCCCCUCUUAUCACUGUACUCGCUUCUGACUCUCUGCUCCUAUGUCCUAUCCUUAUCAUCAUCACCGCAUCCCUUCUUUACUUCUUCUCUCUUUCCUCCCCAAAAGUUGUUACCAGUUUAUUCCUUCUUCUUGCCUUCACCGGUACCUACUCCUCCUGAGAUCCUUCUCCACCGAAACCAUCACCCGUCAGUCUCAUACAAGAACUUUGUAGCAACUUGAAGCUAAAAUGGCCAACAAAGUUUUUCCCACAGUUGAUCUCUCCCCUUUCUUCAAUGGAGAAAAUGAUGAGAAUGGCAAAAAGAAAGCCAAAGAAACAAUUAGCAAGGCCUGCUCUGAAUAUGGUUUUUUCCUCAUCGUCAACCAUGGGGUACCCCAAGAAUUUUUAAGCAAAGCAAUGCAACUCUCAAAGACAUACUUCAAGUAUCCAGAUGAGGAGAAGCUCAAGUGUAGUCCUAAAUUUGGAGUACCUCUUCCUGCUGGUUACAUCAAGCAGCCUCAUAACGUACCUGAUAAGAAUGAAUUCAUUAUCAUGUUUCCACCGGACUCCAGCUUCAAUGUGCUGCCUAGCAAUCCACCAGAAUUCAAGGAAACAUUGGAAAAGAUGUUCAUCUGCUUUUCCAAGCUUGGUGAACUGAUGGAAAGCAUCAUAAAUGAGUGUCUUGGACUCCCAACAAACUUCCUCAAAGAGUACAAUCAUGAUAGGAGCUGGGAUUUAAUGGUGGCUAUGCAUUACUUUGCAGCUGUUGGAGCUGAGGAUAUAGGACAAUCAGAGCAUGAGGAUGGAAGCUGCAUAUCCUUUGUUGUACAAGAUGAUGUUAGCGGCCUGGAAGUCCAAUACAAUGGAGAAUGGAUUCCGGUUAUCCCUGAAGAAGGGAAAAUAGUGGUCAAUGUGGCGGACGUGAUUCAGGUGUUGACGAAUAACAGGUUCAAAAGUGGAAUGCAUAGAGUUGCAAGUCCCAAAGGAAGAAGCCGAAAUUCCUUUGCAUUUUUCUAUAAUUUACCUGGAGAAAAGUGGGUAGAACCAUUACCACAGUUUACUAAAGAGAUUGGAGAGGAACCGAAGUACAGAGGGUUCAAAAACCAGGAUUACCAAGCCUUGAGAAUGCGGAACAAGACUCAUCCACCAGCUAGACCAGAAGAUGUUAUUCGCAUCACUCAUUAUGCAAUUCCUACCUCAGGAAACCAAAAAUUUGCAUAACAGAUUGUGUUUGUCUAGGAACACAAUUAAUUGUUGGCUUCCCUAUUUUUAGGCAAGGAAGUGUGUCUAAAUAAUUGCUGGUGUGAGGCUUCAAGGGACACCAUAUUUAAGGGACAAUAUCAUGUACCUCCCAUGAGGUUUUACUAAUUGCAGAAAGCUCCCCUCUAGUUUGAAAAAUAA